GGUCGGGGGAGGGGGGGUGGUCCAGGGUCCCUUCUGGAGCUGCUGUGCCUACAGCUCCGUAGCCAGGCCGGGCACUUUCCAGAGCUGUUGGGGUUGGAGGCUGAAGUCAGCGAGAGCAGCACUGGUGGAGAGGUGGCCCAGAGGUCAGCCCUGCAAACGAGCCAGGAACUAAUACAAUGACUACUUUAGAUGAUAAACUGCUUGGUGAGAAGCUCCAGUACUACUACAGCAGCAGUGAAGAUGAGGACAGUGAGAAAGAAGAUACAGUCAGAGAGAGCACCGUUCCUGACACGAUUGGUGGGGAGGUGGAGCUGAGUAGCGAUGGCACUGCAGUUAACACAGGUCCAAAGGGUGUCAUAAAUGAUUGGCGAAGAUUCAAGCAGCUGGAGACGGAGCAGCGAGAGGAGCAGUGCAGAGAGAUGGAACGACUUAUAAAAAAGUUAUCCAUGACUUGCAGAUCUCACUUGGAUGAAGAGGAGGAUAAACAGAAGCAGAAAGAACUUCAGGAAAAAAUCAAUGGAAAGAUGACUUUACAAGAAUAUAACAUGAUUCAUGAUGGCGAAGAUGAUGAAGCCUUUUUACAGCAGUACAGGAAGCAGCGAAUGGAGGAGAUGAGGCAGCAGCUGCAUAGCGGGCAGCAGUUUAAGCAGGUUUUUGAGAUCAGCAGUGGGGAAGGGUUUUUGGACACCGUUGAUAAAGAACACAAGAACACGCUGAUCAUGAUCCACAUCUAUGAAGAUGACAUCCCUGGCUCUGAAUCUGUGAAUGGCUGCAUGAUCUGUCUUGCUGCUGAGUACCCAACAGUCAAAUUUUGUCGAGUAAAGAGUUCCCUGAUUGGUGCAAGCACUCGCUUUACGAAUAAUGCUCUACCUGCUUUGCUCAUCUAUAAGGGAGGGGAGCUCAUUGGCAACUUCGUCCGAAUCACCGACCAGCUUGGAGAAGAUUUUUUUGCCGUGGACCUGGAGGCUUUUUUACAGGAGUGUGGUCUGCUCCCAGAGAAGGAUCUGCUGCUCCUGACUUCCAUAUGUAACCCAUCUGCAUGUUACAGUGAAGACAGUGAUUUGGAGAUAGACUGAAAAAAGUGAACAAAGGGUUCAGUAAGCUGGGGUUGCCCUGUGGGGUCUCUUGUUGCUGUAGAUUGUUCAUUUGUUCUUUUCCGUAUUUUUUGUAUAUUUUUCCUCUCCUUCCCAUGCACUUUGGCUUUUAGCCCAUUAGUACUUUAAGAGCCUUUAUUAUAUGUAAUGUAAAGAAUUCUUAACGUUUGGUUAAAUUGCUUCAAUAAAAUGGAAACUAAAAGUG